AUGAGGAACAUUUGCCUGUGGAAUCUCCUGCUAAACAGACUUGCUGUUUUUCACUAUGUAUGGAUUUCUGCAGUGUACUGUACUUUCUCAAAAAAUUGUCAAAACCUCUGUACAAGCAACCUGGAAGGAGAACUUGGAAUUAAUAAUCUUUGCAAUGUCAGUGACAUCACUGGGGCGUGCACAGAAGGAUGUCACUUUUGGAAUGCAACGGUGCAAGACAACUGCCCACUGCAGUGUAACAAGACAUAUACCAGAGAAUGUGAGAGAGUUUCCUGCAAGUUUGGCUGUAGCCGUGCAGAAGAUGCUUAUGGUGUUGAAGUACAGAACUAUUUGAACAAGCCUAGAGCACCGUUUGCAUCUAUCAUUGGAAGCCACAAUGUGACAUUAGGAUGGAAACCAGCUAACAUCUCUGGGGUGAAAUAUAUCAUUCAGUGGAAGUUCAGCCAGCUCCCUGGAGACUGGAGGUACACAGAGGUAGUAUCUGAAACUUCAUAUGCAGUCAAAGACCUUCAAGCCUUCACAGAAUACGUGUUUCGAGUGGUUUGGAUCAUCACAUCUCAGCUGCAGCUCCAUUCUCCAUCGAGUCCCAGUUAUCGGACACAUGCUUUUGGAGCUCCUACUACAGCUCCUAUCAUUAAAGAUAUUCAGAGUUCAAGUCCUAACACUGUUGAAGUUAGUUGGUCUCCACCACUUUUUCCCAAUGGAUUGAUUGUUGGAUAUAACUUGCUCUUGACCAGCAAAAAUCAUGAACUGCUGAGAGCAUCAAGGGGGCAUAGCUUUCAGUUCUACUCCACCUUUCCAAACAACACUUACAGGUUCAGUAUUGUAGCAGUGAAUGAGGCUGGUGCUGGACCACCUGCAGAAGCCAAUAUCACGACUCCAGAAUCCAAAGUUAAGGAAAAAGCAAAAUGGCUCUUUCUAUCCAGAAACCAGUCCUUGAGGAAGAGGUAUAUGGAAUCUUUCUUGGAAGCAGCCCAGUGCCUGCAGAACGAUGUGAUACACCACAAUAUUACAGGAAUUUCUGUGAAUGUUUAUCAGCAAGUUGUCUAUUUUUCUGAGGGAAGUUCUAUCUGGAUGAAAGGUGCUGCAAAUAUGUCUGAUGUAUCUGACCUAACACUCUUUUAUGCUGGCUGGGGGAAUAUUACAUCAAUCUCAGUAGACUGGCUUUACCAGAGGAUAUACUUUAUCAUGAAUGAAAAGAUAUACGUCUGCCGUGUAGAGAACUGCAUGGUAGCUGAAGACGUUACUCCUCUUUUAGUUACGUCCCCUAGGAAGGUUAUAGCUGAUCCCUAUAACGGGUAUAUCUUCUGUCUCCUGGAGGAUGGCAUAUACAGAGCAAAUCUUCCACUCCUUGCUGAGGCUGCCUCUGCAGCUUCACCAGUUGUAAAAUCUAGUGCUCUGAGAGACUUCAUGAUUAACUUCCAGACUAAGAGACUUAUUUUCUUCAACAAAACAAAGCAGGCUUUUGUGUCGGGUUUUCUGGAUGGUUCAGAAUUUCACACAUUGCGAUCACACGUGCCACUUAACAACAUGGAGAGCUUUGUUUAUGAAGAUAACACAUUUACUGUCACAGAUGGCAGGGCAGUUUUCCAUGAGGAGGUCUCUUCAGUGGGAAGCUCUAGCUUCAAUGAGUACAUAGUAGAUUGCAGUUUGGCAUAUCCAGAGUACUUUGGCUUUGGCAACUUGCUUUUUUAUGGGGCAUCAACUCAACCUUUUCCUUUACCGACACCUCCUCGGCUUGUCAUGGUGCUGUUUGGAUCGGACCAAGCUGUGAUCAGCUGGGGACCACCUGAACCCACUAUUGGGACCAGUCCAUCCGCUUGGCAGAACUGGACCUACGACGUGAAAGUAUCAUCUCAGCACUCCUCUGAUGAGGAACGAGUUGUUUCAAACAUUAGUGACACCAGGUUUACAGUGAAGGGUCUGUCCAGCUUCACAGCGUAUGAAGUGUCAAUCAGAGCAGUGUCUCCUGCUGGCAAAGGACCUUGGUCAGAGCUGUUUAGAGGCAUGACUUUAGAAGAAGCUGAAGAUGAACCGUAUAUAUUGGCGGUGGGGGCUGAAGGGCUCUGGAAGCAGCGGUUGGAUAGCUAUGGGCCAGGAGAAUUCCUCUAUCCUGAUAUAAGAAAUGUUUCAGACCUUGACUGGUAUAAUGAUACUCUGUUUUGGAGCAAUUCCAUGGGGGAAGUUCUGACCUGGUCAUUGAACAGGAGAGAGGGUAUGGCCGAGAAUACUUACGUGUCUGACAUCAGAAAUGCAAGACUGUUGGCCUUUGACUGGUUGGGCCAAUGCUUGUAUUGGGCUGGCAAAGCAAAUACGAUCUUCAGAAAAUCACUGCUGGGAGGCCAUAUGGAUGUUGUGGCUCAUGUUGUGUUCCUAGUGAAGGAUCUGGUAGUGGAUUCAGUGAACGGUUAUCUUUACUGGGCCACAAUGUACUCAGUGGAGAGCACAAGAUUGAAUGGAGAACAUUAUCUUAUGUUACAAGAACAGCUACAGUUUUCUGGUAAACAAGUGGUAGGUUUAAGUUUGGAUCUCACCUAUGGUUUUCUCUACUGGCUUGUGCAAGAUAGUUUAUGCCUAAACCUAUACAGAGUUUCCCUUUGCAAAGAAGGUUGUGGUAAUGUCAUAGUCACAGAAUUUGCAGCAUGGAGUACUUCAGAAAUAUCUCAGAGUGCACUGGAAUACUACAGCGGACGGCUGUUCUGGAUUAAUAGUCUUCAGUUCAUUGCAACACAAGAAGUCAAUCAGAGCAUUAGCAUUCCUUUUUCACAACCAGCAGAGUUUGCAGCCUUUACCCUUGUUCAUAAAUCACUCAAACCUCUGCCAGGAAAUUUUUCCUUUAUACCAAAGGUGAUCCCAGAUUCAGUGCCAGAGUCUUCCUUUAGGAUUAAAGGGAAUUCUUCAAGUUUCCACAUCUUUUGGAAUGCCUCCACAAAUGUGGAAUGGGGAACUGUUUUCUACUGCGUGGGAUCAAAAGCUCUGCAAGAGAGAUCUUUGGAGAGUGAACGGUGCCUUCAUCCCCACAAUCUGACAGUGCCGUCCUACAGAGUCGAUUGGCUGGAACCGUUUGUACUCUUCAAUUUUACUGUCACUCCAUACACGUACUGGGGCAAGGGACCAACAACAUCUACAGUCCUUCAAGCCCCUGAAGGAGUUCCUUCAGCCCCACUAAACCCUAGAAUAUAUGUGUUACCUAAUAACCCGCAUGAAGGCAAUGAGAAAGUCCAUGUGGAGUUCAGGUGGGAUAGGCCUGAAAAAGAAAAUGGAAUAUUAAUGCAGUUCAGGAUCUACUAUCAGCUAUUGCAUCAGAGCAAUGCUACUGCCACUUUCCCAGCAUGGAACAUCAGCAAUGUUGAACCUACCCUGAUGCUCUUUUCACUCAAGGAUGUGCUUCCCAGGCUCACAGUAAGGUUUCAGGUGAGAGCUUUCACCUCCGCAGGUCCAGGACCUUUGUCUGCUAUAGUAGAGAGAAAUUCAUCAGAUCUUUUCCCUGUUCCAACUCUUAUAACCAUUUCUGCCAACAAGUUGCUCCUUACUGACGUAGACAAUAAUCGUACCAUAUGGGAAUUUUUGGCAAAGAAAAAUAUAAAGGACAUCUGCUAUACUGCUAAUGAUGACACAGUGUACUAUAUCCUAGAAGAUUCUCUUUUUCUUCUGAACGUACAGAGUACUUCAAGGUUUCAGUUUUUCAAAGAUGCAUUUCUUCACAAUGUCACAGCCAUCACAGUUGACUGGGUUGCAAGACACCUCUUUGUUGCCCUGAGAACAUCAUGGAAUGAAACUCAAAUGUUUGUUAUUGAUCUUGAGCUCAAGAUAAAAUCUUUAAAAGCAUUGAACAUAGAGCUGGGUAACAGGAAUUCAACUUUAUCAUCUCUGUUGGCCUAUCCUUUCUUAAGCCGUCUCUACUGGAUAGAAGUCCUUGAUUAUGGCUGCCAGAUGUUUUAUUAUGAUAUUAUGAAUGACACUGUGCACCAUAUAUUGGGAAACGUACUGGCAGAUGAUCAGAUGAGGAACUACUGCAGCUGUAAUGUGGCAGAAGCGGAGCUAGGAAAACCUAUAAGUAUUGAUGUAUCUGACUCCAAGAAACCUCAGCUGCUCUUUAUCAGAGGAAGAGAUGAAAUAUGGGCCUCAGAUGUGGAUGGUUGCCACUGCUGGAGAAUUACCAGAAUACCAAGUUUUCAAGAUAUGAAAGUUGGCAGCCUGACUGUAGAUAAAGAAUUUAUAUAUUGGAGUGCUGAAACAAAGGAAUACACUACAAUUCUUCGAGCAAAUAAAGAAAGCAAAAAACUCUAUUUUCAGAAAAGAGCAAAUCAUGAGCUGAAAAUCCUAACCUACAGCACAGCGGUACAACCAUAUCCAGAUAAAAGAUGCCUGAGUCUAACAGCAGACACUGAGAAACCUACUAUCCUUAAUACGACGAAUACCAGCUUUGUGUUAAGUUUGCCGUAUGUCUCGCCACAGCAGCUAUGCCCUGGCAUAUCCCAGCCUACGCUGACAUAUCUAGUAUUUCUCAGAGAAGUGACUAACAACCGCAGGAGCUCAACCUACCAUUUGUCACUGCAAAAAACAGUGGAAUUUCAGGUGCCUAUAGCUGUCAUAGACAACCUGCAGCCAUUUUCAAGUUAUGCCAUACAAGUUACUGCGAAAAACUACUAUUCCGAUUCUUCUGAACAACUGCCUGUAGGAAAAGAGAUAAUUGGCACAACUCUUUAUGGAGUACCAGAGGCAGUUGGUUUCAUUCAGGCAGUGGUUUUGUCUGACACUGUUAUCAACAUAUCUUGGACUGAACCUUCAAAGCCGAAUGGACCUGUAGAAUCCAUCCGCUAUCAAAUCACUGUCAAUUUGUUAACUCCUGUCCCAGCAACACCCUUGAGAAAAAGUGAAUUUCCAAAUGGAACACUUACCUGGUCUGUCAACGGGCUCCAGCCUAGAACAAAGAAUAUAUUCAAGGUUCUUGCUUUUCACCCUGACGAGAACUGGUUUUCUGAAAGUGCCCCUGUCUUUGCAACAACUUUUGAGACUCCAUCUGCACCUGUCAACAUAGUACCCAGAAAUACCAGCUUUCAGCUGGAAUGGCAAGCUCCUCUGCACAUCAAUGCAACCAGCUUCUGGUUUGAAUUGCAUAAGUGGCAAACAAAAAGUGGCUGGUUUUCUCCUGCAAGCACUACGUGCACAGCAGGGCCUCUUUAUACGUGUAAUCUCACUGGAACUCUUCCUUCUACCAACUACUUUGUAAGAGCAACAGUAGUUUAUGUGACAGGAGUGAAAAGCACCUCCUCUUCAACAAGCUUUAAGACUACAGCUGGUGUUCCCAGUAAGCCAGGAGUUCCAAAACGAGCAGAAGACACUAAAAGCUCUGUCCAGUGGGAAAAAGCUGAAGACAAUGGCAGCAACCUGACCUACUACAUCUUAGAAAGCAGGACGCAGUCCGACAACACCAGCAAAAUGAAGCCCUUGUGGGAGGUGGUUUACAAUGGCUCCUGCGCCAGCGUUUGCACGUGGAAGGCCGAGAACUUAGAAGGAACUUUCCAGUUCAGAGCAGCAGCUGCAAAUCUGCUGGGGCUUGGUGAAUACAGUGACACCAGCGAGGCUAUCGUUUUGGGCGAAGAUACUAUGACCUCCCCAGACACCGUCGUUGCUGUUAUGAUUGGCAUUAUUAUGCUAGGUUUGACUGCAGUUGUACUGCUUGUUUUUGUAUGGCACCAACGAUGGAAAUCCAGAAAACCAAUCUCACCUGGACAGAUAGUACUUGUCAAGGAAGAUAAAGAGUUAGCUCAGCUCAGGGAGGUGGCUGAGACAGUGGGUCUAGCCAAUGCCUGUUAUGCUGUCAGCAUUCUUCCUUCUCCAGCAGAGAUUGGAUUGUUGCCAGCUUUCCCUCGGGACAGACUGAACUUACACAAGUUGCUGGGAAGUGGAGCAUUUGGAGAGGUAUAUGAAGGGACUGCAGUAGACAUCCUGGCAGAUGGAAGUGGAGAGUCCAAAGUAGCAGUCAAGACUUUGAAGAAAGGUGCAACAGACCACGAGAAGAGUGAAUUCCUGAAGGAAGCACACUUAAUGAGUAAGUUUGAUCACCCCCACAUUCUGAAGUUACUCGGAGUGUGUCUGUUAAAUGAACCUCAGUACCUGAUACUGGAGCUGAUGGAAGGAGGGGAUCUGCUUAGCUAUUUACGAGGAGCCAGGAAGCAAAAGCUCCAGAGUCCCUUACUGACAGUGACUGAUCUUUUGGAUAUAUGUUUGGAUAUUUGCAAAGGUUGUGUCUAUUUAGAGAAAAUGCAUUUCAUACACAGGGACCUGGCUGCUCGCAACUGCCUUGUAUCUGUGAAGGAAUAUGAGAGCUGCUCCCGAGUGGUAAAGAUUGGUGAUUUUGGACUUGCCAGAGAUAUCUAUAAAAAUGAUUACUAUAGGAAAAGAGGAGAAGGACUACUCCCUGUGAGAUGGAUGGCCCCUGAAAGCCUCAUUGAUGGUGUCUUUACCAAUCACUCUGACGUCUGGGCAUUUGGAGUCUUAAUGUGGGAAACAUUAACCUUGGGUCAACAGCCAUAUCCAGGUUUCUCCAAUACAGAAGUUUUACACCAUGUACAGUCAGGAGGAAGGCUGGAAUCUCCAAACAAUUGUCCUGAUGAUUUAUGUGAUUUAAUGACAAAAUGCUGGGCCCAAGAACCUCACAACAGACCUACUUUCUUUAAUAUUCAGGACAAACUGCAAGACAUAAGACACUCUCCACUGUGCUUCGUCCACUGCCUUGAAGACAGCAAGGCAGCAACUGGAGUCAUCAACGAAGCCUUUGAGGAUAAUGAGGUUCCAUGUGCAGAUUCAGACAGUAUUCUUUCUGCCACCUUAAUGGAAACGAGGAAUCAAGAAGGCCUAAAUUAUUUGGUGCUAGUCAAAGACAGCAACCAAGGAAUCGCUGAGUCUACUGAACUUAGUUAA